AUGGCUUCCUCCAAGACUUUCCUCUUCACCUCCGAGUGUGUGUCGGAGGGCCACCCUGACAAGCUCUGCGAUCAGGUCUCGGAUGCCAUCCUGGAUGCCUGCCUUGCCAACGAUCCCUACAGCAAGGUCGCUUGCGAAACCGCCAGCAAGACCGGAAUGGUGAUGGUGUUCGGCGAGAUCACCACCAAGUCGUCCUUCGACUACCAGAAGGUGAUCCGUGAGACCGUCAAGAGGAUCGGCUUCACCGAUUCCUCGAUCGGUUUCGACUACAAGACCUGCAACAUCCUCGUUGCCAUUGAGCAGCAGAGCCCCGACAUUGCUCAGGGCGUGCACGUCGGCCGUUCCGAUGACGACCUCGGUGCCGGUGAUCAGGGCCACAUGUUCGGCUAUGCCACCAACGAGACCCCCGAGUUCAUGCCCAUGACCCACGUCCUCGCCACCCGCCUCUGCCAGAGGAUGACCGAGGUCAGGAACAACUCCAUCCUCUCGUGGAUGCGCCCCGACGCCAAGACCCAGGUCACCGUCGAGUACAGGAACGAGAACGGCACCCUCAUCCCCCUCCGCGUCCACACCGUGGUCAUCUCCGUCCAGCACUCCGAGGACGUGACCAACGAGGAGAUCCGCAAGGGUCUCAUGGAGGAGGUCAUCAAGCCCAGCAUUCCCGCUCACCUCCUCGACGCCGAGACCAUCUUCCAUCUCAACCCGUCCGGCAGGUUCGUCAUCGGUGGUCCCCAGGGUGACGCCGGUCUCACUGGCCGCAAGAUCAUCAUCGAUACCUAUGGUGGUUGGGGCGCCCACGGUGGUGGUGCCUUCUCCGGCAAGGACCCCUCCAAGGUCGAUCGCUCGGCUGCCUACGCCGCCAGGUGGAUCGCCAAGUCGCUCGUCGCCGCCGGCCUCGCCAACCGCGCCCUCGUGCAGGUCUCGUACGCCAUCGGUGUCUCGCACCCCCUCUCCGUCUUCGUCGACUCCUACGGUACCGCCCAGGGUGGCCGCACCGACGAGGAUCUCCUCGCCAUCAUCAAGUCCAACUUCGACCUUCGCCCUGGCAAGAUCAUCAACGAUCUCCAGCUCAGGAGGCCCAUCUACGAGAAGACCGCCUACCACGGUCACUUCGGCCGCAACGACCCCGACUUCCUCUGGGAGGCGCCCAAGAAGCUCAACUUCUAA